CGGCGGGAGGCGGCGGGCGGCGGCGGGCGGCGCGGCUGCGGGGCGCGGCGGCGGCGGCGGCAUGGCGGAGAGCGAGGCCGAGACCCCCAGCACCCCGGGCGAGUUCGAGAGCAAGUACUUCGAGUUUCACGGCGUGCGGCUGCCGCCCUUCUGCCGCGGAAAGAUGGAGGAGAUCGCCAACUUCCCGGUGCGGCCCAGCGACGUGUGGAUCGUCACCUACCCCAAGUCGGGCACGAGCUUGCUGCAGGAGGUGGUCUACCUGGUGAGCCAGGGCGCCGACCCUGACGAGAUUGGAUUGAUGAACAUUGACGAGCAGCUCCCGGUCCUGGAGUACCCGCAGCCCGGCCUGGACAUCAUCAAGGAACUCACGUCGCCUCGCCUCAUCAAAAGCCACCUCCCCUACCGCUUCCUGCCCUCGGAUCUCCACAACGGCGAGUCCAAGGUCAUAUACAUGGCUCGGAACCCCAAGGACCUGGUGGUGUCCUAUUACCAGUUCCACCGCUCCCUGCGGACCAUGAGCUACAGAGGCACUUUCCAGGAGUUCUGCCGGAGGUUCAUGAACGACAAGCUGGGCUACGGAUCCUGGUUUGAACACGUGCAGGAGUUCUGGGAGCACCGCAUGGACUCCAACGUGCUGUUCCUCAAGUAUGAAGACAUGCACCGGGACCUGGUGACGAUGGUGGAGCAGCUGGCCAGAUUCCUGGGGGUGUCCUGUGACAAGGCCCAGCUGGAGUCCCUGACUGAGCAUUGCCACCAGCUGGUGGACCAGUGCUGCAAUGCUGAGGCCCUGCCUGUGGGUCGGGGGAGAGUCGGGCUGUGGAAGGACAUCUUCACUGUCUCCAUGAACGAGAAGUUUGAUCUGGUGUACAAACAGAAGAUGGGGAAGUGCGACCUCACGUUUGACUUUUAUUUAUAGGAACAGCCACAGCGAACCUGCAUGCUCACAGUCCCCAGACAUCGCUAGCUACAAGUCCCGUAGGCACUCAUUUGUUACUCUCCGGACAAGCUCCAGAAGCGCUGUGACUGUGGCGGGAAGGGGAGAGCGGAGGGAUUGGAGGAGGUGGGUGGCUUCUGUCCCUGCCGCUGUGCCGCCUUUGGAGCUUGAAGGCUCUACAUGUCUGAUUACAAACACAGAUUGCAGUUCUGCUGGCCGGUACCCUACAUACAAAGUCUGUAACAUAUGCAGCUAGAAUGUCUGCCUUCUACAACCCCACAUUAUUUAUUGUAUUUUAUAGAGCUUUUCACUGGAAAUCUAAAUAAAUGUCAGUAAACCAAAUAGAAGCGCAUUUCCGAGGGGACUCAGGAGCGAGCCAUACCCGAAUGGUGGGAGGGUCUCAGGGCUGACGCUUUAUGUUUGUAGUUUUCUUCUGUAAGGCACAGCCGUUCAGUGCUCACCUGGUUCUGAGAGGAAGGUGACGACCCAGAUGAGUGGGGGGUAGCGGGAGACUGUCAGAAGGAUGGAGUUCAUUCUUUGUAACCUCCCUGAAAUAAAGCAGAAGCUGUGCACUAGGGCAUUUUCAGAAGGGAUGGAACAUUCCGUGAAGAAACCUGUUCAUGUAGCAACUGGAGACUCUGCCUCGGAGACACUGAGCGCACUUGCAGUUUGAGUUCUCCGCCCACGGGCUGGCUUCUGUUCCCCGAGUGGAAGUCUACUCAUGCCGCAAGCGCUCGCUAGCCAGUGUUCAGGUGGUUCUGUCUGUACCUGAGGCAUGCAACCACGCGGGAACCAUUCUGCAGGUUUCACGCCGUUUCACUCAGAAGGUUGGCCAUCCCGCCUUUGUCUCUGUGCCCUGCACCUCAGUGUAUCUGGGGGAGCAGAGGUGAUGUGCUAUUGCCCCCCCCACCUGCUUCAUUCUCUGGCCCACGUUUGUCUGGAGAAGUGGACGGCCAGGUGAGCAGCUUGUACGUGUGUUGCCACUGUGGUGGGACUGGGGUUGUUCUCGGGUAUUUAUGUGGCUGGGAAGUGCCCAGAGUGGUGGUCAGACGGGUCACUGCUGUGUAAGGGGUCUGUUCUGUGCCGCGUCUUUGAAAAGGCGCAGACACACACUCGUGUUUUAUUUGUGAAGGGGAGCAGCUGGGACAGGGCAGGUGGCAUGUGGCGUGGCGUGGCGGGCUGGGCAGCCCCUGCCCUGUGUAUCCAUGAGGGGGCUGUCUUCUGUGAAAUUUCUUUUCUAUUUUUCUAUUUUUAGUACUGAAUGGUUGUUACUGAGCACGCGGGAUGCUUCUGAGCUUGCUUGCCUCUUUAAUAAAGACACGUC